AUCACGAGCGAAACGUCUGUUUGGCUUGGUUUUGCAAAGACUAUGCACACGGUGUUUCAUUAAUGCACGCUUCCGCGCUUGGCAAGCUUCUCUAUAACGUGAUAAUCUGGUCUCCCUUUGCUCCGGUGUUCCAGAAGGCAACUUUGCCUUUGCUUGAGAUUUCGCAGCCUGUCGUCCAGCUAUAUCUACUGGAUGAUUGGAUUCAGCCUGUCGCUUGCGCUGAAGCGCACGCACAGACAGCCCAGCCGAUGCGCCAUUCAUGGCGAGACUGAGUGACCAAGCGCCGGCGUAGCAGCCGUUAAACCCUCGCCUAGUCACGUGAUACCACAGCGGCGAGGCUCCCAGCAAGCGCAGCUGCGACGCCUCUCCACAGAGGAUCACGUGGCGUGACGUCACACCUGCCGCGCUGGCGCUCCGGCGGCACAAGGUCAUUGCGACGCGAUGAGUGACCUUGCGAGACAUGGCGUAGAAGAAGCUUUCGCUCUAAAAUGAAUUGAAACUUAUCGUGAAACCUGUGCUCGACAGGUGAUCCACCACUGCAUGCUGACGCAGUACGCCAACAAUGCCUCCAACAACGGAGCCGAGGUACACUUCUUUGUGUUGAAUGAACAAUGGAGCGCGGCGAAAAUCCGCGUCCACAACCACUCCUCGUACGGCGAUGACCUCUACUUCGUUUCGGGGUCUGUGCUGGAUGAAGCUGGGAUCACGGCUGCGCAGCGGCGCCUUGCCGAGGAGCUCAUGGACAACGUGGCCGCGUUCGCCAGGACCGGGAAACCCGGUCCCGUGAAGGGCGUGGGGGAGUGGCCAUUGCGAUCCGUCUUAAACGCGGAGGUUGUCAUACUCAGCAGCAACGGCAGCCGUGUGGCAGCCUACUGGCGCAACGACUGGUGUACCAUAUUCAUGAACUUUAUGCUCCACAGGACUAGACCGCGCCCGUGAUGACAGCUCCCUCAUGGCGGACCCCAUCUGUCUGCGA